AUGUUACAUGGCAAGUGUGGAGUGGCAGAAGCGGGGUUUACCUCACUGUCAUUUGCUGUUUUGGCUAGAAAGAAAAAUACAGCCGAAAUUGAUAGUGUCAUAGUUGCAGAACUGCCCAACAAACAAAACGACCCGAUAUUGACGUUUAACGCGCACAUAAAUGUCGAGUACUGCCACUCAGUUCAGGCAGUUUCACUUCUAUACUACGAAGUCCCGCAAUACUACACAUGGGCCAAUAAUAAAUUCUCAAGAAGGAAGCGUGGUGAGGACGUUGUUGGCCAUCCAGGCAUAAAAAAAGAUACCGCUUUAGAUAGAGUCUACGGUGUACAUCCAUCUCAGUCAGAAUGUUUUUAUCUUAGGAUGUUGCUACAUCACGUACGCGGUCCAACCUCAUUCGAGUACUUAAAAACCGUUAACGGAGUUAUCAAAGAGACCUAUCAAGCAGCUUGCCAUGCCAGAGGUUUGUUAGAAAACGAUGACCAUUGGGAAAAUACUUUGAGAGAAGCAUCGCUUUCGCAAUGUCCGAUUAAAAUGAGAGAGCUGUUUGUUGUCAUACUUUUAUUUUGUCAGCCAUCGGAAACAUUAAAAUUAUGGGACAAUUUCAAAGACGAUCUUUGUGGCACUGGAAAGACGUUCCUUGCAAAUUUGAUAAUUGCGAAGAUAAGACAAUCAGGAAAGAUAGCAAUAGCAGUUGCUUCGUCAGGAAUUGCUGCAACACUCCUAAAUGAUGGAAAAACUGCUCAUUCUACUUUUAAACUUCCGUUAUCUGUAAAUCUUGAGCAACAACCUACAUGUUCUAUCCACAAAAAUGGACCUCUUGGUAAAUUACUACAAGACGCCUCAUUGAUUAUGUGGGAUGAAUGCACCAUGAGCCAUAGAGCACAUAUAGAGGCCGUGUACAGAACCUUAAAAGAUCUUAGAAACUCCUCUGCUCUCAUGGGCGGGAUUACUUUUGUAUUUGCUGGAGAUUUCCGACAGACACUUCCCGUCAUUAACAGAAAUACUGAUUUUCCACAACAAUUGCUAAAAAUUGGGGAAGGAAUUUUUCCCACUCCAAAUUUAAGAGAAAAUUGUGACAUCCUUCUGGAUGAGUCACUAGGCCAGAUAGACCAUAAUUUAGAUAAUUUAAUAGAUGCAGUUUACCCUGACGUGAAGAAUUUGCACGAAAAGGACUAUCAUUGGUUGUGUUCGAGGGCAAUAGUGUCACCUAGGAAAGAUACUGUCAACGAAAUAAACAAUAUGAUUUUACAAAAAGUUUCUGGCCGAAUAAAAAUCUACAGAUCGAUCGACACCGUCACGAACAUUGAAGACGCAGUGCAUUAUCCACAGGAAUUUUUAAAUUCACUGAAUCCUUCUGGACUGCCACCACACGAAUUGACGUUAAAAAUCGGAAUUCCAAUCAUGCUUUUGAGAAAUUUAAGCCCUCCGAGUAUGUGUAAUGGAACAAGACUGCUUACUAAGGAAUUAAAGGACAAUUUAAUUGUAGCGACCAUUAUUACCGGCCCGGCAGCUGGUCAGCUAGCUCAUAUUCCGAGGAUACCGAUGAUCCCAACUGAUCUGCCAAUCCCGUUUAAACGGGUUCAAUUUCCGGUGAAAAUAUCUUUCGCGUUGAGUAUUAACAAGUCCCAAGGUCAAACCUUCGAAUUAUUAGGGAUCGACCUACGAAAGGAAUGUUUUACUCAUGGCCAACUGUAUGUGGGCCUAUCACGAGUUGGAUCUGCUGAUGAUCAAUUUAUUUUGCUGCCACAAAAUAAAACAACAUCAAAUAUCGUUUACAGAGAAGCUCCAACCCAAUAA